ACACACACACACACACGUGUGCACCCUUACAUAAAGUCGGUCGGCCAGGAGGAAUCCAGUUCAGACUGGACCAGGAGGGAAACGUCUUGACUGGUCGUAUUGUAAUGGCAUGAAUCGACUGAGUUUUUAAUCUAGCUUUGCGGAGAUCUUUAUAGAUCUCAAGCUUAUUGGUGGACCUUAUGUUUUAAUUGACUUUCUUUAUCAAAACUCCUUCAGUUUGGGAGUCCAGUUAACACUCUGACGGUUUAAUAACUUACCGGUCAGUGCUUCUCAGGCUUUGGCCAUGAGUUUUUUCGGGUAUCGCCGAGAGCUGAGUAAGUACGAGGACGUCGACGAGGAUGAGCUCUUGGCGUCGCUCAGCCCGGAGGAGUUGGCCGAGUUGGAGAAGGAGCUGGUCGACAUUGACCCUGACGCCAAUGUGCCCAUCGGUCUCAGACAGAGAGACCAGACAGACAAAACCCCAACGGGUACUUUCAGCAGAGAGGCCCUCAUGAAGUACUGGGAGAACGAGACCCGUAAACUUUUGGAAAACGAGAUAGCAGGAGGGAGCCCCAAACUGGAUGACGAACAAGAAGACGAGUGUCUGACAGAAGAAAGCAGCGAAGAGGAGGAAGAAAAAAAUGACGAGAGCGAAAAGGAAAGUAAAAGGUCAGAAAAUUCAAAGGGGGAGGAUCACAAAGAGGAAGACAGUGAAGAAGAAGAAGAAGAAGAGGAAGAAGAAAGUGAGGAAGAGGAGCCUGUAACAGAAGAAGAUGACGCUGAAACGGAUGAAGACAAACAAGACAAUGUAGCAAAACCUGAACCCUUGAGAGACUCAGUGGAUGCGGUCAGACCGACACUACUGAGGCCUCAGAGGGCGGAGCCUAUGAGGCUGACUCCGCCCCCUCCACCAGUGGACCUAAACAGUGGAAACCCUACAGUUGUUGAUGACGCGUUGCAGCGAGUUCUUAACGACGACUCCGAACUCACUGAGGUGAAUCUGAACAACAUUGAUGACAUCACACAGGAAACUCUAAUUCGAUUUGCUGAAGCGCUAAGAGCCAACACCCACGUGCGAAUCUUCAGUCUUGCGAACACGCGGGCCGACGACCACGUCGCUCUGGCCAUCGCUAAGAUGUUGAAGGAGAACGCAUCCAUCACCAGCCUGAACAUCGAGUCCAACUACGUGAGCGGGAAGGGAGUGAUGGCGCUGGUCCAAGCACUUCCAGGCAACAACACCCUGACCGAGCUCCGCUUUCACAACCAGAGGCACAUGUGUGGAGGACAGGUGGAGAUGGAGAUGGUGAAGAUCCUGAGGGAAAACCACACUUUGAUCAAGCUCGGCUACCAGUUCAACCUCCCUGGUCCCAGGAUGAGCAUGACUGGGAUACUGACCAGGAACCAGGACCGUCAGAGGCAGAGACGGCUGCAGGAGCAACGGCAGCAGCAACAAGACGGAGCUGUGAACUCAAGAACCUCUGCGCUGAGAGGAACACCCAGUUCGUCGCCCUACACUUCGCCCAGAGCCUCACCUUGGUCCUCACCCAAACUAACGGCUAAAAAACAGACUCCGCCGCCUCCCCCUCCUCCUCCACCUCCGCCUCCGCCUCCUCCACCGCCUCCUCCUCCGCUUCUCCCGCUGCAACAGGAGAAGAAGAGGCCCACGCGGAUGAUCGCGGAGGUCAUCAAGGCCCACGAGGCGGGCAGCAAGAAGGUCACCAAAGCCAAAGGGAAGAAGGGCAAGAAGAGCAAGGCGAAGGAGACGAAGGGGGAGACGGGCUGCAUCCUGAAGGAGCUCAAGAACGCCCUGAGGCCUGUGUCGGCCGAGAGGAGGGCGGAGGAGGGCGGCAGCAGGCCAUCCACGCCGAUGAGGUCCGCCCACGAUCAGCUAAUGGAGUCCAUCCGCAGCAGCAGCCUCAGGAACCUCAGACGGGUGGAAGUUCCACAUCAUCUACGAUAAGGAACAAAGAGAUCGGGCCCUGCGGGAUAAUGGCGGCGACGAUGACGACGGCGAUGGAGACAAAUUGGAUUUCUUACUCGGAAAAAACGGGAAGGUGUACUGGAAAUUUGUACUCAAAAUUCGGAACUAUUUUUUGAUAUUUAAAGAUACAGUCCCCCCCCCCCCAUACCCUUUUGCAAAAAUUAAUUCCUAAUUGUGUCAGAUCAUCUAACAAAUUUUAAGAUCAAACACAAGUAUCAAGUAUCCUGAGUAAAUACAGAAUGCAGUUUCCAA